UGUUUACGCGGUCGAAACAAGUGGUAUGCUGGGGAAGACGAAGACGAUGCCAACGAGGCUACCGUACAUCCUUAUGUUUGUCGAACGUUACGUAUUUUGGAAACAGAAUAAAGUGAAAUAGUGUUUACUAUAACUAUUACAAGUUAGUAUAUUUACACGCGCAUUGUGUACGAAAAUCUAUUGUACGUUGAAACUUGGUUUUCUAACACCCACACGUUGUUCCUUUUUUUUUUUUUUUGUUGUUGAUAAAUUCGAUAAAAUCAAUAUUUUUUUACGAUUUUAAGAAUUUCAGUUAGACACUUUCAUCGUACUUAACGUAUACACGCGCAUCUUUAGGAAAUCCUUGGGGUAUACAUUGGUUUACCAAACAGUCAGAAGGAUGCGACUUGUUAGCCCAGAGAAGUUGAGUGAGAUUCAGAGUAAUCCUGCAAGCAUAAGAAAUAUUUGUAUAUUGGCGCAUGUUGAUCAUGGCAAAACUACAUUGGCAGAUUCCUUGGUUGCUAGCAAUGGAAUCAUAUCCAGUAAACUUGCUGGCAAGCUACGAUACUUGGAUAGUCGUCCAGACGAACAGUUAAGAGGAAUUACAAUGAAAUCAAGUUCUAUUACCCUGUAUUACCAGUAUUGUCUGGAGGAGUAUGUCAUUAAUUUAAUAGAUUCUCCAGGACACGUGGAUUUCGCUUCAGAAGUUUCAACCGCCGUUAGACUUUGCGACGGUUCUCUUAUCGUGGUGGACGUAGUAGAAGGCGUAUGCCCGCAAACUCGUAGCGCACUGAAAAUUUCAUACGCGGAGGGAUUAAAGCCAAUUCUCGUAUUGAACAAAGUCGACAGAUUAAUUACAGAAAUGAAAUUGUCUCCAUUGGAUGCUUAUAUGCAUUUGACUCAAGUUUUGGAGCAAGUAAACGCGGUGAUGGGAGAACUGUUUGCCAGCGACGUAAUGGAACGAGAGGAAAAGGAAAACGUGAAGAAGGAAAGUAUGGAAAACGAUUCUGAAAGAAAUUUAUCCGACUGGCAGUCGGUGCUGGACGACAUAGACGAUUCUGGUUUAUAUUUUUCUCCGGAACAAGGCAAUGUUUUAUUUUCUAGCGCUACGGAUGGUUGGGGAUUCGGCGUGAAAGAAUUUGCCAAGAUAUUUUCAAAGAAAUUGGGUUUCAGCGAAAAAGUUUUAUUGAAAACGCUUUGGGGCGAUUAUUACGUAAAUUCAAAGACAAAAAGGAUCAUGAAAGGAGCUCAGGAAAAGGCGAAGAAACCUCUGUUCGUCCAGCUUAUAUUAGACAAUAUUUGGACUUUGUACGAAACGAUAACUAUAAGAAAGGACAAGGAAAAGGUAGCUAGUAUGACCGAGCGGUUAGAUAUCAAAUUAACAACUAGAGAUUUAAGGCAUACGGAUUGUAAAGCUCAAUUGCAAGCCGUUUGUUCUCAAUGGUUGCCUCUGGCACGCGCGUGUCUCGAUGCCAUUUGUGAAAAAGUUCCAGCACCUCUCAACUUAACGUCCGAAAAGGUGGAACGUUUGUUAAGCGGUAACUUUGAUUUCUCCACGUUGCCGGAAGAAACGCAAAGAUUAAAGGAAGCGUUUCUAGCUUGCGAUCCUUCCCUAGACGCGCCCGUAGUCGUGUUCGUUUCAAAAAUGUUCCCAGUGGAAAAGAAGGCACUGCCGGAGAAUAAACCUAAACCAUUAACGUCCGAAGAAUUGGCGCAACGAAGGGAAGUGGCGCGAAUGAAACACGCGGAGAGACUUCUGAAAGAGCAACAGGCGGAGGAGGCGGCGCAGCAGGAUAUAAACUCGGAUCAUUCGAAUGCGGAGGGUAAAUCGGAGAACCCAAGUCCGGAGGGAAGCGUGAAAGGUGAGGAGGAGAAUUCGGAAACAACGUUGAUAGCAUUUGCAAGAAUUUAUUCCGGCUGUUUGAAGAAAGGGAGCACGGUGUUUGUUCUUGGACCGAAACACGAUCCACGGGAGGCACUGGAACGGGUAAAAGCAGGCGAGUUACCGGCAGAGGAGAACGUAACGUUGAAGGAUUUAAAGGCUGGAAGACACGUGACCAAAGUCACUAUACAAAGACUCUAUCUUAUGAUGGGAAGAGAAUUAGAACCCACCGAAAAAAUAACCGCUGGUAACGUGUUCGGAAUAGGCGAUCUAGAGGAACACGUGUUAAAAACUGCCACUCUCUCCACGACUAUCGCGUGUCCAUCCUUCUCGGAGCUAACUUCCCUAGGGGUGCCCAUAAUGCGCGUAGCUCUAGAACCGAAACAUUCGAACGAUUUACAAGCUCUGAUCAACGGUUUGAAGUUACUUAACCAGGCGGACGCUUGUGCUCUUGUUCACAUUCAGGAAAGCGGGGAGAUCGUGUUGAGCACCGCCGGCGAGGUACACUUGGAAAGAUGCUUGGAGGAUCUCAGAGUAAGAUACGCAAAAGUCGAGGUGAACGUGUCAGAACCCAUCGUACAGUUCAGGGAAACGGUGGUACCUCCUCCGAAAGUGGACAUGGUGAACGAGGCGAUCGAGAAGAAGGUCGAAGAAGGUAGUUUCUCCGCAUGGACCGCGAAUCGUCAAUGUUACUUCGAAGUGGACGCGAGACCUCUGCCGGACCGAGUGACGAAAAUCUUGGAGAAGAACGUGAAUUUGAUAAAGGCGCUUUAUUAUUACUAUGGUAAAUCGUCGUCGGAGAGGGAAGGGGAAACGAAGAAGGACAAAGAAAUCGGUAAAACAGAGUCAAUGUAUUCGAUGUCCGAAAGGAGGCAAAGAGAAUUGGAAUCGUUCAAGAGCGAGCUGGCGAUUGCAUUUGAAGAAGCGGGACAAAAAGACGUGUUAGAUCGGAUAUGGUCGUUCGGGCCGAGAAACUGCGGCUCUAACAUUCUGUUGAACGAAACCGACUAUAAGCAGCAAAAAUUUUGGGAGGGACAUCCAAAGUCGAUCGAUCCGCGCGCCCCAUACGAAAGCGGUUUGAUGAACGGCUUCCAAUUGGCAACAUUAGCCGGCCCUUUGUGCGAAGAACCCAUGAUGGGUGUCUGUUUCGUGGUAAAAAAAUGGGAGAUUCAUCAGGACUCCGACAGUGAAAACAGCGGGCAGAAUCAAAGUCAAGCGGGUGGUUAUUUGAUGUCGACGUUCAAAGAAGCUUGUCGUCGCGUAUUCAACUCCAGGCAUCCUCGACUAGUCACACCGAUGUAUACCUGCAGCGUUCUAGUCAAUUCCGACGUACUAGGAAAACUGUACGCAGCGUUCGGUAAGAGACACGGCCGUGUGAUCGCAGCGGAUAGCGCGCUCGGAUUCGGAGGGCAAUUUCGUGUGCUAGCAACGUUGCCUGUGCCAGAGAGCUUUCAACUUGCCAGAGAACUGCGAACGCAAACGUCCGGGCUGGCUAGUCCCCAACUGGUUUUCAGUCAUUGGGAGGUAAUCAAACAAGAUCCCUACUGGACACCGUCCACUGACGAGGAAUAUCUUCAUUUCGGUGACAAAGCUGACAGCGAGAAUAGAGCUAAAAAGUAUAUUGAUGCGGUCCGUCGACGGAAAGGAUUGCCCGUGGAUUCUCAGCUUGUCACGCACGCGGAAAAGCAACGCACCCUCUCCAAGAACAAAUAAUUCCUAUUUAAACCAUUUCGUUGGUUCGUUUUUUUUUU